AUGUUUCUAAGGCGCCUGAUCUGGAUGUCAACCUCCAGUGUACGCCAACUUACGCUGCUAGCCGCUUCUGCUUGGCGCAAUAUGCUGUUUCUUAAGCCCUUCAAGAUCCGAACAAACGUUGUCCUUCGUGAAAUGAAACGAAGGAAACUCAUACAAAAGAUGAUAGAGGAUCUGAAUGUGUCAAACGAAGAUGCUGGUGUAAUUUUUAAAGAUAGGAUUGUUUCGGAAAUUAAAAUUCAUACUAGCACACGGCAUGACAUUGUAUCCUACCUCUUCGAUGGAGUGCCACUGGCUUUCCUGUACGAAGACCUCAUGAUGCCUGAUGUGAUCCGGGACGGACCCCUUGGGGGUCACGUAAACUCACUGCAAAAAUCAUCCAUUUGCUCUGUAGCCGCAAUUCCGGAGAAAGCAGCUCACGGUAAAUGUUCUAAACCACUUGCUGUCGGCAUCUGUAAUAUGAGUGCAACUGAAUUUGGAGCUGCUGGUGAUAAAGACAAGGCUAUUCUGAUCCUUCACACAUCCCGAGACAAGCUCACCGAGCUCUGCCCCCCUCACCUCCUGGCAUCUUACAAACUUAUGGACAAAAUUGAAGUCAAUUACAACAUCGAACCCGUUAGCCCAAAUGAGGUGCUUUUUAACGAAGCUACAACCGAAGAUGGUUCCUCUGAGCUUGAUGGUGAUGAUUUGCUAAUGCUCUGCUUCCUACGCGCCCUCUGCUCGUUGAAGCCGACUGAUUUACCCCUUCCGGUCGGUGUUUUCCUGGAAAAGAUGGCAGCUGAAGGUAUUCUCUCUCUAGAAACCAUCGAUAUUGGGACUACACGGUUGACAGCUUUCCAGAAGGAUCAUCCCAAAUUACAGGAAUUAGAACAGGGUUUGCCUGAGCUUUCGAAAUUGAGCGGCAAUACUUGUGACAGUGACAUUUCCUUUGUCGAUUCAACGGACUCCAGGUUCGCUGUUGGCAACUUUUACUUCGGGCCGCCUGCCCUCAAGGAGGUUCGCAUGAUUACCCCCAGAAUUGCUCCCUUCUUUGCAUCUGCUGGUUACAGAAUGGGUGAUGGCAUCGAACAAUCAGAAAUUUGCCAUAUUGUCGGAGCCUAUGUCGACUCAAACAAUCUCAGAAGCGCUGGUAGUAGAGAUUUGAUCAAUGUUAACGACUUGUUAGUGUGGAUUUGCGACCCUAAUUUGCUCAAAGAAUCACCUGAAAGCACCCUUGCCGAGCCGCGCUUCCAGAUAACGUUUCAGGAUCUAAUCACCUCCAUAACUAAGGGCCUCAAAGCUGCAUAUCGAAUAACCUACCCUCCCGAAAGUGGCCUUGUACCGGUAAUUACGACGGAUAACAAAAGUCUCAAACUGAAUCUCUAUGAGACUAGACAGAGCGCAAAGGAUGUGACCCGUAUUGCCGGCCUCAGUAACUUUGGCAUCGACCCGAAGCCCUUUACUCGAUACAUUCAAACGAAGUUAGCCUGUUCCGCCAAUCUGACAGAGGAUCCCCGUUAUGGAAAUUCAGUAGUCGUACAGGCUCAGGGUCGUCAUAUCACGGCUCUCUCAAAAAUACUAACUGAGACCUUUGGUCUUUCAAAAAAGUGGAUUGAAGGAUACCAAGAAUCGGCAAAGAAGAAGUCCGGUCGGAAAUAA